AUGUCUAAAGGAAAGGUUUGCUUAGCUUACUCUGGUGGUUUGGACACCUCAGUUAUUCUUGCUUGGUUGAUUGAGCAGGGAUAUGAUGUCGUUGCCUUCAUGGCCAAUAUUGGUCAAGAAGAUGACUUUGCUGCUGCAAAAAAGAAGGCACUUGCCAUUGGCGCUGUCAAAUUUGUGGUGGUUGACGUCAGAGAGGAAUUUGUUAAUAAGGUUCUUUUCCCAGCUAUUCAGGUUAAUGCUAUAUAUGAAAAUGUGUAUCUUUUAGGUACCGCUUUAGCCAGACCUGUUAUUGCAAAGGCACAAAUUGCAGUUGCCGAGCAAGAAGGAUGUUUUGCCGUUACUCAUGGAUGUACUGGUAAGGGUAACGAUCAGGUCAGAUUUGAACUCUCUUUCUACGCAUUGAAGCCAGAUAUCAAAGUUAUUACCCCAUGGAGAGAACCAGAUUUCAUCUCCAGAUUUGCUGGCAGACAGGACCUUAUUAAGUAUGCUGCAGAGAAAGGUAUUCCAGUGCAGCAGACUGCAGCAAAGCCUUGGUCAACUGAUGAAAAUAUGGCUCAUAUCUCGUUUGAGGCAGGUAUAUUAGAAGAUCCAAACCAUACUCCUCCAAAGGAUAUGUGGAAAUUAACCACGGAUCCUCUGGAUGCUCCUGAUAAGCCAGAAGAUUUCUCUCUUGAGUACAAGCAUGGUAUUCCGGUCAAGUUGACACUUGCUGAUGGAACAGAAAUCACCGAACCAGUGGAAUUGUUCUUGGCAGCUAACCAUUUGGCCAGAAGAAACGGUGUUGGUAGAAUUGAUAUCGUGGAGAAUAGAUUUAUCGGUAUAAAAUCCAGAGGAUGCUAUGAGACUCCAGGUUUGACAAUAUUGAGAAGAUGUCACGUUGAUCUUGAGGGAUUGACUCUGGACCGUGAAGUCAGGGCCAUCAGAGAUUCUUUUGUCACACCAACAUACUCUCGGAUUCUUUAUAACGGUAAGUACUUCACACCGGAGGGAGAGUACGUCAGAACUAUGAUUGCUCCAUCACAAAAUACCGUGAAUGGUGUUGUUAGAGCCAGAUGUUAUAAAGGAUCUUUGAGUAUCCUCGGCAGGUACUCCACAACCGAGCAUUUGUAUGAUGCAACAGAGUCGUCUAUGGAUGAGUUAACCGGAUUUGAGCCAAGGGAUGCAACAGGAUUUAUUGCAAUUCAGGCUAUUAGAAUUAAGAAGUACGGUACAGCUGCUAGGAAAAAUGGAGGAUCUCUUGAUUUAUAA